UUCCCAACCAAAUCAUCAAAACAGAGUAGUUGAUGAGUACAGUCCUAAAGAGAGACUAACACCUACCUUUCCUUUACUAUGACAAGAGGUCUCUCGCUAUAUAUGCUUCCAAAAUUGCAAUUCUUGUGUUUAUUUUGUGCCUGUAAUUUUCGUUUUCUUGAAUGAAUAUUAGUAACUAUUAACAAUGGCAUUGUCAUUUCCUCUUGAGAUGCCUGUGAGUGUCUAGUCAUGGAAGAAGAUGGAGUUGAGCCUGCAAGAUUCAUUUCAGGGGCUCCAGAGAUAUAAGAAAACAAUACCAAGAAGACGUUGAGGGGACAAAGCAGCAACAAUGUGCACUAUGCAAGAUUUACCCACUACAAAUCCAGAUGAGUGGUGUGCAGCAUUUACUUUUUUCGCUCGUUUCUCUGCUUAUGUUGGAAUUUUAGCUUUGAUGGUGCUUGUAAUUUUCCUAAUUAUGAAAUAUAUUAUGGAUAUUGGAGAUGAUACUAACCCUUUACUACCGGAAAAGGCAAUGACGUUUAGGUAUGGAACAUGCGAUAGAGAUUUUGAGCCUGGAAAUGGCAGUGGUAGUAGCAGCAGUAAUAAUUCCUCAACGGAAUUGUACGACGGAAAAAUAUGUAUAAUAUGCUAUGAUGAGGAACGAAAUUGUUUCUUUGUUCCGUGUGGUCAUUGUGCUACUUGCUACAUUUGUGCUAAGACAAUUUUUAGCGGGGAAAAUAAGGUUUGUCCUAUUUGCCGGAGAUUCAUUAGCAAAGUACGAAAGCUCUUUGCUUCAUAGAAUUAAUAAAUUCUAUGGACAUUUAUGCAAAGGAGAGUAGCUGAUCAAUGAGCACCGGCAUCGUUAGACUGUGUUUAUGAAUAGCCAUCACUGCUAUUUUUAUGCUCGUCAUUUUCACCUCCAUAUUCAUGGUUCGUACUGCUCUUAUCGGUCAUAGCUCUAUUCGACUUUUAAAGAGCUUUCUUGGUAUUUUUUUUGGAUAUUUUCUUUUUUUUUUUUUGUUUUAAGUAUUGAUUUUUGAAUAGGGAUAAAUGAUUAAAAAGAUUGGAUGAGGUUGCAAUUGUAGUCUAGCUAACAUUUAACAUGAUUAGUAGUUAAAAUCCCAAGAAUGCAAUAAUGCAACUUAUGUUGGGAAAAUAAUAUAACUAUGAAAUUGAAGUGAAGGGGGUUUUAUUGCUUCCAUUGAACAGUAAAUAAUGAGAAAGAGACAGGACACUUGUGGUCCUAAAAACUUUAUUAUUACAAAACAUUCAGGACGUAGUAAUUAAAGUCUGUGCUAUGAGACACUCAGAGAAUUUG